CAAAAAUCGGAUUCCUUUGCUGGACUAACACUGGCCUUGGCAAAUCAGAGGACUCUCCAGCAAGACCUUUUUGGUCAGAUUCCCCCCCUUGGAAGAAAGUGGAAGACCUCAUUGAACUGCCUGGAUUCUCCCUCCCACAAGAUGUGAAUGUGACAUUAACUAAAUGGAAGGGUGGAUGUGAACCUUUUGGAGAGUUGAUUGAAGCCUGGGUACUGAUUGAGGGGAUUCCCCCAAAGUGGUGUACUUGGAAAGUGUUUGCCCAAAUUGCUUCACUAUUUGGGGUGCUUAAAGAUGUGGAUUGGAAUGGGAUGUUUAGAACUUUCUUUGAGAAUGUCAGAAUUAAAAUAGCCUGCAGAGAUCCAACCAAGAUCCCUUUUGAGAGACUGAUUGAGAUGAAGAAAAAGUUAUUCCUACUUGGCUUCACUGUUGAGGGUUUUGAACAAACAGGUGGUGCUGACUCUGUCAUUGAUAUAGAUGAGGAUGAAGAUGGUAAUGAGGAGGAUGAGAGAGCUGAAGAAGAACAAGCUGAAAAAGAUAAUGGAACUCAGGGAGAACAUGUUUCUGAAGGGUCAGGUGGUGAUCUGGCCAUUGAUGAACUUGACAAAGCAAAUUUCUCAACUAAACAUGGGUCCUCAAACAAAUAUGGUGCUCAAAAGUUGGUGGUUACACCUAUGGAAUAUGAACAUGAUGCUGAUCAGGAGAAUUUCAUCAUGGAAUGUGCUUUGACGGCUGUUGAGCUUGAUGGUACAUCUUCUGAUGGACAUAAACUUAAGUCUGGCUGUGUUGGUAACCUUACAGAACAAAACCAAAAAACUGAUGGAGAGGGAAAGGAGGAUGAAGGAGUGGUGACCCAAAAAACCCCUUCUCCAUUUGUAAAGAAUGUUACACAUGUAACUCCUGAGCAAAGUGCUGGUAGUAUGGAAUACUGUGAGGAUCUGUUAAGAUUAGUGGAUAUUUCUGAUUCUGAGAAUGAGGAAUCAAAAGAAGAAGAGCUGGGGGUUCUCCCUCGUGAGGCUGUACAAAUCCUACAAAGUGAGACCUGGAAGAGGUCCCUGUUGGAAUCACUUAACCAAACCAAAAGUGAUGAGGCCAUCCAUGAGAAGAAACCAAGAUGGGGACCUGUGCUAGCUCAAAGGCCUGCUACUAGAGGCCAUGGCAAUGUGAACAUCAUGGAGAAAGCUGCUGCAUACAAGAGGAAGAAGAACUUGGAGAUCCCACAAACUUUUAAAGGGGCGAAGAUGGCGAAGUAUACGAUGUGUUUUGGACCUGUUGGGGGCAACGAUCAGGCAAUGGAAAAUCCUAUGUUCAGAGGCUCAGGGUGCGCUUCUUCUCCGGUGCUUAAGGCUGUUGGACCACCGGAGAGGGGAAUUGCUUAGAAUUGCAUGGAGCUAAAAUGCUGUUUGUCGGGGGCAUUGCUGGGUUGUGUUCUGUCAGCUUGCAUAUCUUAGCUUUGAUCUUGUAAAGUAGGCUGGCAUGUUACCGCCUGGUGAUGUAUCCUGUCUAGAUCCUGCCUAAAACUUGUAAUAGGGCAGUUAAAACCUUGCUUUCCGUCUGUGGCAGCUACUCUCCAGUUGCCGCCGAGCGCUGUUAACAGUUUAUGUGGGUCGACGUUUGCCUUGGCUUUAAUAAAGUUGGGGUGGGGGGAAACCCCUUUUGGUUCAAAAAAAUAUAAAAUUUACUUGAUUUUGCAACUAGUAGCAUAUAAAUAUGAAUGUAUAUAAUUUGCUACUUUUUUUCUUCUAAAAAGUGCAAUAUAUUGAUAUUUAACGCUUUAGAACUGAAGAUAUCAGACCACACGCAGGCUCAAAAGGGUGAGACAUACUGCCGCAGAUUUAUGCUUUAAAACAUCUACUCUCUGCACGAUAUCUUGUUUUAGGGAGUGACCGUAGUUUAUCUAUCUAGUAUCAUAAAAGUAUCAGGAGCAACAAAACUAGCAAGUGUUCUCAUUUCAUAUCCCACAAUGCUAGAUAACAGUUAGUGAGUUAGGUCCUCAUAAAUAGGUCCGAUAUUGGCAAUUUCUAGCAUUUAUAUCAAUCAGAUGAAUGCAGUGAUAUGUACAUAUUUAGUAGAAAGUAGGAAAUGGUGGUGUUCUGACUGCAAGUACAAACA